ACAAAAGUAUCAAGGCCUGCUUAGUAAACAAGUAGUAGUUUUGUUUCAAGACAUUUGGAGAUAGAGUGAAGAACUGGAUGACGUUUAACGAGCCCCGUGUUGUAGCUGCUCUAGGCUAUGAUAACGGCAUUUUUGCGCCUGGUCGAUGCUCUAAAGCAUUUGGAAACUGCACUGAUGGUAACUCCGCGACCGAACCAUACAUUGUUGCCCAUCACCUUUUCUUGGCACACUCAGCAGCCGUCCAGAGAUACCGCCAAAAUUAUCAGGAGAACCAAAAAGGAAGGAUUGGGAUUCUACUGGAUUUUGUUUGGUUUGAGCCACUUACAAGUAGUGAAGCAGACAAUGACGCUGCUCAAAGAGCAAGAGACUUUCAUGUUGGAUGGUUUAUUCACCCAAUAGUAUAUGGAGAGUAUCCAAAGACAAUGCAGAACAUUGUGAAAGAUAGGCUUCCAAAAUUCACAGCGGAAGAAGUGAAAAUGGUGAAAGGUUCCAUAGAUUUCGUUGGGAUAAACCAAUACACGACUUAUUUCAUGUCUGAUCCUAAAAUUUCCACACCACCCAAGGCUUUGGGUUAUCAACAAGAUUGGAACGUCGCUUUUAACUUUGCAAAGAAUGGGACACCAAUUGGUCCAAGGGCAUAUUCGGAAUGGUUAUAUAACGUACCAUGGGGAAUGUACAAGGCGUUGAUGUACAUUAAGGAACACUAUGGUAAUCCAACUAUGAUUCUCUCGGAAAAUGUGUUGAGUGUUAAAAUUUGA